CUUCUUUUCAGCAGACACUCCCUCGACCAUCUUGUAUUUUCCCCUCUUCAUUUCUUUUCCUUUCAGUCGUUGUACUCUUGUAGUUGAAAUAAUAAAAGAAAGCAGCCGUGCUUCCUCCAUAAUAAAAAAAGGUCUAACAAAAAAAUUCACUAAACAAACUUCACACAACGAAAGAGUCUAGAUUGGAACUAUAGUAGAAAGCGGAAGGGAAAACACGUAGUAUGUAUACACUGGACAAAACGUACAAUAUGACGUAAUGUGUAAACCCGCCUUUACCCUGUCCUGCAUUGGAAAUAUAUUUUUAAGCCGGUCACUGACAGUUAUUUUCUCUUGACAGACUUACCCACAGACUACUAAAGAAAAUAUAUAAAGAAUUCUUUAGUAGUCUGUGGACUUGCCCAACAUUCUGACCCUGGCUGCGAUUCAAUAAGUCAUAACAUUCCGAGUUUUGAGCCGAAUAUCUAGUUUUCAAUCGGAUGUACAAGUUAACAUCAUUAGGUUGUUACGACAUGCGAAAAUACCUGAUUACUGUGUGAAUAAUUAACAGUUUUUGUCUUAAUCAAUCUAAUCUAAAAUGGUGUACUUUGGGAUUAGCAACCUUGUGCGUACAGAAUCGCAGCUGAUAGUACCAGGUCGGGUAAAGCUGCGAAAAAAGCACGUCUCCACGUCUGUGACUGGCUCUAUAAGUAAAUUAUUUGAGGUUAAGUAGAUAAAAAUAGAGGUUUGUCCCGAAAUUAUCCUGCAAAAGGUAAUACAAGGAAAAAAGGGGAUAAAAGGUAAAUAAGAAAUUGAUUGUACAUCUAUUUCAGUGGUUGGAACAUGUCAGAUUCAGACCGUAUGCCAAAAAUUGAUUUCAGUAAACUGAGAGAGUCGGACCUGGAAUUUAUAAAGCAAAUAGAAAAGCAAAACAGAGAAAGGGUCCUAAAAUUGAAACACAUUCGCAGAAAUAAUUUAAUCACAGCAUCGUUAUUGGGUGUGGGAGUAUUAGGAAUCUACGGUUAUUCUAUGUAUGCUGUGAAGCAAGAAAGCUUCUUGGACGACUUUGAAGAACCAGCUAAAACAACCCAGUAAUGGCUGCGGCAGCCACACAUUUGCGGCUUCCGCCGCUACCUACUGUUAGAGACUUGGUAAAGUUGUAUCGUCUAAGAGCUCUACGUCAGUUGUCACAGAACUUCUUAAUGGAUGAUCGUCUCACAGAUAAAAUUGUUAGAGCAGCUGGAAGGAUCAGGAAUCACUAUGUGUGUGAAGUGGGCCCUGGUCCUGGAGGUAUCACUAGAUCAAUUAUUAAGCAGCACCCCAAGAAACUGAUAGUUGUCGAGAAGGAUCCUAGAUUUUUGCCUACAUUGGAACUGUUACAAGAAGCAUCUAAACAACAUACAGAUAUGAAAAUUGAGAUAGGAGAUAUCCUUACUUAUCAGCUACAGCUUGGUUUUCAAGAUGCACCAAAAAUGGAUUGGUUUGAUGCUCCUGCGCCAAUACAUUUAAUAGGUAUGAAUGAAUGUGCUUUUCUUGCAUAAAUUUAUAAGAAUACUGUUUUUUUGACAUCUCUUUGUUGUAAAAACUUGCAUUUGUUUUGAAUACAUGCGCUGAGUUGGUUUGUGGUUGUCAAUUGCUUUCCAUGAGAAUGACAGCUCCUUAUUUUUAACCAAAAUGAAUUCUUUUCAGUUUCAACCAAUAUAAACUCAGUUUUCCCUUUGCUUUGCAGGAAAUCUUCCAUUUAGUGUAUCUACUCAUCUAAUAAUCAAGUGGCUACAAGCUAUAUCUGAAAAAAAUUCUGCUUGGUCUUUUGGUAGAACUUCCAUGACGCUAACCUUCCAAAAAGAAGUAGGAGAGAGAAUGGUGGCUACAGAUUCACAUCCUCAAAGGUGUCGUCUGUCUUUGAUGUGUCAGCUGUGGUGUAAAGUUGAUUAUAAAUUCACUAUACCUGGAAAAGCGUUUGUACCAAAGCCUGAUGUGGACGUAGCUGUAGUCACCUUAGAACCUCUGAAAUAUCCUUUAAUAGAUCUGCCGUUCAAAAUGGUGGAGAAGGUUAUAAGAACUAUAUUCAACAUGAGGCAAAAGUACUCUGUCAGGGGUGCAGAAAGGUUGUUUCCAGAAGAACUGAGAGAUACUUUAAGCACCAGACUGUAUCAGCUAUCUGAUAUUGACCCAACAACACGGCCAUACCAGUUAACAAAUGAAGAGUUUUGUCGAAUUUGCUAUGCCUAUAAAGUUAUUUGUGAAGAUUACCCAGAAGUAAGGGAUUACGAUUCUAGAGCUCGUAAGAUAAAAUUAUCUGAUGUAGAGUAAUCAGUUGUAGUACUUAUAUUUAGGAAUAAAUGUUUUCGUUUGUUA